GCUAAGUCCUUUUCCAUCACAUUUUCUGUACCAAUACGCGAGCGUGCGAGGCUCCGCCGCUCGGACAACAAAAACAACACAUCCCGGAGACUGCGAUCCCCAACGAUUCCCUUCACCCACAUUCACUACGCUCAUCACCACCUGUCUUUACCAGAUGAACCCCUUUGGCGCACUCUACCCGCCCGUACGCUCCCCUCGCACCAUCGCCGUCCAGUACGUCAGCUGCGCGGUGCACCCGGGAGGUCUCUCCAUCUUCGAGUUGAAGGAAGGCGAAGAUCCGAGAGAGGCCAUCGGUGUCGGCGAUGACCUGACAUUGUCGAUCAAGAAACUCUCCAACGGACUCAUGGUCGCCCUCAAGUCGUCCGUCACCGGGGAGACGCGCUCCCGCUACGUGUUGCUCCAGGUCCAAAGGGAGUACGCGCGACUUGGAAGGUGGCCGGUGUGGAGUUUCCUCUGGAGCAUGCCUUGGCGAGUGGCGACCAUCCCCUACCCCGGUGUGUGGGCGUCGCAACUGCGCAGUCAAGUACGCCCCCCGUUGUCCAUCAGGCGCUUCUUCGAGCCCGAAAGCCCAGACGUCCGCGAGAUCCGUGCUCUCCUGGCGCAAUACCCGAACGAGUUCACCAUCGAGGUCCUCACGGAAGACGGGUACAUCCACGAGGUGGCGAUGGACGGCAGCGACGCGGACGUCGCCGUUUAGAGGGGGCCGCAUGGAGUAGGGAGGACUAGGCGAGGGAGGACUAGGCGAGGGCAGGGAGGAGGAGCAGG